GCCAGCUUGCCGCCUGCGGGGUUAGGGUUGCUUAAGCUGGAAGGAGGACCGAACGAGAAUGACGAUACUUGAUGAUGAUGGUGUAGCACUAGAGCCGGGGCGGGGAGCUCGCCCAUAUUCCUUUCGGUCAAUUGCACUUGCAAUUGUUGCGCCGAGGGCAGACGGAACUUUUACGUCGACUUUUGGUUUGCAAGGAUAGACAAAUCGAGUAGAUCCGUUUUUCUGAUUUUUUUUUAUUAAGAUCUGGUUGUCCCCCUUAUCUAUACUUCCGUCGGUCCUUUGGUUGUCUUCCUGUGUUUUGCUUUUAAGAGCCGUUGUGGUGAGAAUUGAUUGAGCAGUGAUCAGUUCAGCAACCGGAAUGAUGAGUUCUCAAGAGGAUAUCAAGUCCGAUAAGCUCUCACGAAGCAGCAACGAGAAAGAAGUCCUAGAGGAACAACCAGUCCAAUCCCUCGGCCUUCCACCAGACCCAGAUGCUCAUCUGAGUCCCGAGGAGCGCGCAGCAAUCGUUCGUUGACACUUCCCUCUCAGCUACUUCCUCAUUCUAAUAUAUCUACCAGGAUCGUAAAUUAUUAUGGAAAUUGGACUUGACGCUCAUUCCAUGGCUCUGUAUCCUCUACCUCCUCGCUUUCCUGGACCGAACGAACAUCGGAAAUGCGAAGAUUGAUGGGCUGGAGGCAGAUUUGAAGAUGACGACGGGCAUGUACAAUGCUACGCUGUCGAUCUUCUUCGUUUCGUACAGUGUUUUUGAGCCGUUGACGAAUAUUCUGUUGAAGAAGAUGAAACCGAGUGUUUUUAUUCCUUUGAUCAUGUAAGCUUGAAAUCCAGUGGCAACGAGGGGGCCUAAAUAUGGAGACGUAAGCAUGAGGCUAACGAGUUAAAGGGUUAUCUGGGGGUUGUGUAUGACUUUUAUGGGAUUUGUGAAGAACUGGAGUGGAUUAAUGGCUGCGAGAGUGGGUUACUCAUUUGCCUUUCCUUCUCUGGAAUUCCUCUUUGAUAUUAAAGAAGGGUGAGAUACUGACGAGUGAUAUUCUAGUGGUUCCUGGGUCUUGCAGAAGCAGGUUUAUUUCCUGGGAUCAAUUACUAUUUAUCUUGUUGGUAUAAGCGAUCUGAGUUUGGUGUCAGAGCAGCAACUUUCUUCUCGGCUGCCGCCGUUUCUGGUUCUUUUGGUGGCUGUAAGUUCCCUACUUGAUGUCACUCACAUGCCUAAAGAUUUGCCAUUAACACUCCUUCAGUGCUGGCAGCAGCAAUCACCAAAAUGAAAGGGCUUGGUGGAUUAGAAGGGUGGGCUUGGAUCUUCAUCCUCGAAGGUAUCGCCACAGUCAUCUUCGGCUUCCUCUCCAUCUGGUACGUCCAGGAUUUCCCAGACGAUGCAACCUUCCUCUCAGAACAAGACCGCGCCCGUGUCAUCCGUCGACUCAAAGAAGACCAACAAUCCUCGGCCGAACACGAAGAGUUUAAAAUGAAAUAUGUAUGGAUGGCAAUAAAAGACUACAAAAUGUGGCUUGGAAUGGUCAUAUAUAUGGGCUGUGAUAUGCCACUGUACGCCUUCUCCCUCUUCUUGCCGAGUAUCAUAACCCAGAUGGGAUACACGAGUACCAGGGCGCAACUGCUUUCUGUCCCUCCUUAUGCUGUUGCGGCAGUCUUCACGGUUGUUAUUGGAUUUGUUGCGGAUAGGACGAGACAGCGAGGGUUGUGUAAUAUUGGUGCCUCGCUCAUUGGAAUUGCGGGGUUCGCUAUGUUGCUUGGGAGUCACAAUCCUCAUGUGAAGUAUGCGGGGACUUUUGUGGGCGCGCUGGGGAUCUAUCCUUGUAUUUCGAAUACGAUUUCUUGGAUGAGUAAUAAUAUCGAGGGGACUUACAAGAGGGGUGUUGUAUUGGUAUGUUUUUCCAUAUCCUCUUUACCCACUCUUGGGAGAUACAAAUACUGACUUGGUCAAUAACAGGGAUUCGUUAUCGGAUGGGGAAACUUGAACGGUAUUGUUAGUUCGAACAUUUACCAGAAAGCACCUUUUGUCAGUGGACACGCGACGGUGUUGGCUUAUAUGAUUGCUUGUCUCUUUGGGGGCAGUGUUCUUCUUAGGUUGUUGCUUGCAAGGGAGAAUAAAGUUUUUCGGAGAGCUGGUGGGAGAGAUGGUUGGGUGGAGGGGUUGAAUGGGAAGGAGGUGGAGGCUUUGGGGGAUAACAGACCGGAUUUUUUUUAUACGCUUUGA